AUGAACCCAAACCCCAAUCCAAGCCUAGCCCAGCCCAACGUGGACCGUAUAAAGCCAUGGGCUUACUGUCCCUCGUUGACCAUUCACAUGGAGGCGAUUGCCACUUGGACACUGGCCCUGCUGCGGCUAAUGCAGCUGCUUAACUGGAGCACUGCCUUGGGACCCUACGCCCUAGGGGCAGAGCAGCGCCCGCUCUGGAUACUCGAGGAUGGGCUGGCGAAGAGGCAACGAGAAGAGCGCGCGGAGGGGGACUAUGCGACCACAACUAGAAAGCCCGUAGGAUGGCGGCGACAUACUCAGGAGCCGGGCUCCAUUACCUUCCUGGUGCGUCACGAGGAGCGUCCCGUUGCAACUCGUGUUGCUGCUGCCUCGCUGCCCCAGCGACGGUUCAUGAUGCCGCAGCGCCUGCAGCUGCCACACCAGUAUGUACAGCAGCGCAGAGCGAGUCCGAGCAGGACCCGAAGCCUCCGCAGGCUGAGCCAUCAGCGCCGGCACCUGCCCGUCUUCGACAACGGGCCGGGGGACAAUGCCCUGGCCGGGGCAGAGCAUCCCAUCUUCGUUUACAAUGGGACCAGGGGCGAAAUGAUCCUAAACACUAUGCUGAGUGGCCAGCGCUAUCCAAUGCAGGAGCCGGUUCCCGGCCAGGUGCUCUACCCCCCCUCGACGCCCAUGUUCCGGCCCAAACCAAUCGUAGAGCGGUUCCGGAUGCCCGGCCAGCGCCAGCUGCUUAACCUCACCCUCAUUCCUUUCUACGCACACGAGGCCAUCACCACCUCCAGCAGCACCAGCAGCACAACCACGGAGCUGCCACCUACCACACCAUUGCCCACGUCCUAUGAGACGCAGCUGCCGCGAAGCCAAAAGAAACGGAAGCGGAAAAAGGCAAAGCAGUACAACGCCUUCCACUCGCCCCAGGAGGUAGUCCAAUGGCAGUCGGUGCUCCGGCGAUCCACUGGAGACAACCACCGCCACUACUCAGGCUCCGAUGCGGAGCAGCAGCUGGAAGAGGAGGAAGAGCCCCAGGAGGAGGAAACACAGGUGCAGAACUGGCUGACAGAGGAUGAUCCGCCCGAGGCUGUGGAAGAGAUCGAGCAGCAGGAAAUAUCCACCUCAACCAGCGUCAGUCCCUUCCAGAUCGUGUAUUUCGAUGAGAGCCUGGAGCGACCCGAAUCUGACGCGCUGGACAGCACCACUAUCUCCCCCCCGCAGCGACUGAGCUCCCGAUAUGCCCUGAAGCGGGAAUACUAUGCCUUUCCAGUCUACACGCUGGGCAAGCUCCUCCAGCCGCAGCACCAGUCCCAGUCCCAGCUUCAGAUUGAGUCCCAGGUGGAGGAGAAGCAGGAGAAGAUCGAACGAUCAGCGAGGAGCUCCUUUGAGCAGGCCCCCAGCACUUGGUUCAUCCUGAACUCGCGGUACAAGGGACCUCAUCACCGAUGGCCGGGAAUGGGAACGGACAACCAUACCAAGUACUACACAUCCAAGUACAUACAGAGUGCAUUCAGACCACGAAGAUAG